GCAAAAUCGGAAAUCCGGUAAUCUUAAUGUUGCUGCUGGGACACUAAUGCUGCUGCCAUAACGCUAAUAUAGUUAGCUGCGUGUUCACAUUUUCUAAUUAAUCUAAAAUAUGUGCCAGUUACUACGCAGGAUUUGAGCCAUACCGAUAGUUUGCUACACCUUCUCCACAAAACUGCCUUGGAUCAAUCGUAUUACAAACCAUGAGUUCCAACAACGUUUCCCUGUCAAAAGCUGAAUUGGUGGCAGCCAUCGGCGUGACUGCAGGAGCUACAGCUGCGGGCAUCCUCCUCUUCCAGUACCUCUCCAAGGGGUCAGGGGUCAAGCCCAAGGUCAACCUGGACCUGCAGAAAGACGACCCCAAAGUGGUGCAUGCUUUUGACAUCGAAGAACUCGGGGACAAGGCAGUAUACUGCAGGUGUUGGAGGUCCAAGAAGUUUCCCUACUGCGACGGCGCUCAUGCUAAACAUAACGAGGAGACGGGGGAUAACGUCGGUCCCCUCAUCAUGAAGAGAAAGGAGGCCUGAACAAUCAAUCAUCCAUCCAUCCAUCCAUUUUGAUUCCCAUGACUGCCGCUGCUAACAUACGGACGCCAACAAGUGCUCUUCACUACAGAAAGGAUGGUAGAGGUUGACUCGACACGUGUACACCUGGUAUUUACUCCAAAAUUGGACGGUAACACUCUGUGUUAAUAAGCAAAUAAUCACUUUUUUUUGGUUGUAAUUUAUUGAUUGAUCGAAGCAACACUUAUCACAGGACCAAACGGUUAUAACAUAUUGUUGAAAUUAGUUGUAAUAAUAUCUAGAAUGAUGGUAGAUAAUUUCAGUGUGAUUAUCGAGGAAACAGGGGGCGGUGGAAGUACUGUAAAAUAAAGUGCAAGGCUGGUUGUAUUUAUUUAAUUGAGCUUUGGUCUCUGUACGUUAAGUGAUUUUCAGAAUGCAAAAGACUUGCUUGUAUGUUUGAUCAAUGUCUGCCCUCCAAUUUUUUUUGUUUUUUGUUUUGAUACCAUAGAGAUGUAAAGACAUCACAACGUUGUAUAUGGUCCCAGUAUGGUGUCUGUGAACACACGGGCAGCGCCAUUGAGGCCAUCUCCAUUUUGAAGUAGUUAAUUUUCGUCUUCUACUACUUCUAUGAGUUGGUAAACAAACUGAAAGGGUGUAUACUCCCAUCUGGAGUGUGUUGUUUAAACCCAGGUUGGUGAUUGUACUGCCAUCUGCAGUGAUGGAGUGUUUACUCCUGAGUAUAAUUCAUUGGCUGACUCUUCCUCAUGACUUGGAUGGAAUUAUGUGAUCCUUCCUUUAUCCCAUAGGAAGUCGACUACUUCAAAAUGGUGAAAAUCCUCAAUGGCGCUGCCCAUGCUAAAACAGGCUUUUGGGAUACCAGAGUCCUCUAUCAUUCUCUAUGGUUGAUACUCGGGGAGUUUUUCCUGACCACGGGACCUGAUCAGGGAUAUCUCUGGACCUUUUUAUUGGAAGCCAUGACUAGGUACUUUACACAGUUAUAGUCCAUAAAACCAUAACUAGGGCCCAGAGUUUUUCCAUGGUCAGGUCAUGUGGUUAUGAAAAACGUCUGGUUCUACUGAAGCGUUGUCAAGGAAACGGUGACAUUUGAUUUGAUCGUUUUUGAUUCAACUUGUGAAAUCAAAUUGUGUAAAUGGUGUCAAUUUUCAAUGGAUUUUUUGGGAGAUAAAGGUUCUGCAGGUUUCUUAGUUGGAGAUGAAUCGUCGGGAAGGAUUGCUUCGUUGCCCUAAGUUUGUUAACGGGGAAGCAACAAGUCUAACCUUGUUCUAUACUACAUACCAAGUGGAUUCCUGGGUUGUGUUCAGUAGGCAAGAAACAUUUGUGGAAUGUAGUGAAACGAGGAGGUAGCCGACUCGAACAUGAUAAAUACUUGUUUUUUUUGUUUUUUUUAAAAAGGUUUUGCUACGGUUUACCCUAUGGAUCACAGCCCUGUACUAAACCCGUUUUAGUAGCUGGAUCUGAACUUUUCAUGCAGCACUUCUGCCAAGCAGCUUAUUCGUUCACACCCAAGGAGUGCACAUUUUGUUUUUUUGCCCUAGCAUUGCACAGCUGAAUCAAAUAAUGAAUUUAACAAUCAAGCUUAGAUUAUUUGUAUAAGCUGUGUAUUGCCAGGGCAAAAAAGUAAAUGUGUACCCCUGGGGAGGGGGGGGGGGGCUAAGAAUGUGUAGGUAGUGUCUACUGUCUGUGUGACCUCUGAUUUCCACAAUAUGUCAUUCCAUCCAAAUCCAUCACUUAUUUAUCAAUAAUAAAAAAAAAACAUAUCGAUGUUC